AGGGUAAGAUAUCGUCGGUAGUGCCAUAUGAUUAUCAAGACAAAGAUCCAUGCAUAAGAACAUGUGUGGUUACCACCUGUGAGCAUGGUCGCGGAGUUACGAUAACACCUCACCGGCUUUCAUGAAAGCGUCGUUGGGGAUCAGAUUGGCUUUAGCGUGCUUUUCCUUUGAAAGGGCGGUGUCACUAGCGGUGAUACGCUGGAUAUAUGCACCACGCUGUGCAGAUCCGAUCAUCAUAUCGAUCCAUGGGCCAAGGCCAUUCAGUUAUGUACACUGCAGUACUAGACUAAGCUCGUGCUAUCGUCCUAGCUCCCGAUCGGUCUGUCUCACGGGACUCAAUAAUAUUUGCGAGCACAUUGUCAUCCGAUUUCCCGGCUCUCCCAGGCUCCUCGGCGACUUUUCAUGUUGCUACAAGCUAGUCCUGUGCUGACAUAUGCUAACACAUCGUAGGACUCCACGAGCGAUUAUUGACUUGAAAAUAGUCCCACCCAGUGAUCUGAGCGGUGCAUCCUACGACGACAUAUCCGAGUCUAGCUA